UAAGUAUUUUGUUCGUUAUCAACAAUAAUAUAAGAGAAUGACGCUUUUAUUAUUGUAUUGAAUAUAAAAGUGCAAUUAAAUAUUAGUAUGUCUUCAAUAUUUCACCAUCUUCAUUUUGCAAUUUUGUAAAAAAUAUGAAAAAGAUUCGCGGAGAAAAUGGACUACUUGUUUGUUGAUUUAUUAACACGGGAGGAGUUGUUGACCAUUUUAGUAGAGCGCCAACUCAACGUACCAAAUAUUCAGCAAAUGUCCCACGAUGAACUAAUGCGUUUAUACAAAAUGUUUGCGCUACCUCUAGCCCGCAGGGAAAGACAUCGUGUUAGGGGUAAAUUGGAAUAUAAUACUUCAAACAGGCAGCAUUUGAAAAAUAAUAGUAUCACUUCAAUGGAAACUGAUGAAUCGGAAAAUACUCAACUAUCUCCGACAUCUAUCGUUUCGACUUCCGAAAAGCCCAGGCUAUGUGGCUACAAACAUCUUAACCCUUUCACUGAUGAAUAUUUAAGUAUAGCAACCAAGCGCAUUAAAAUAGCGUGGUCUUGAAAAUUUUUUAAUUACUAAAUGACAAAAACAAUUUUUUCAUUUUAUGCUACUAAUUUUCAAAAUGUAGCAUCAAGAAAGAUAGAAAUUAAACAUUAAGGUCGUAUAUACAUAAGAAUACAUAUGUAUAUAUGAAAAAUUAUUAUGUUCAAAAAUUGUCUAAACAUAUGGAUAAAUACGAAUUUGUAUGAGUAUAUAGUGAAAAUCCCUAUUACGGAUUGUUCUUAUAACAGACACGGUUAAAGAAUCGGCACCAUGUCUCGAAAUUAGUUCAGAAAUGUUUUCUGCCACAACAACAACACAAUAUGUACAAUGAUAUAACAAGGCAACAAUUUUGGUAGUAUUUCGUUCAGAUUAUCGCUGUAAACGUACAAGAUUUCAUAAAAUGUAUAUGAAAAGUUGCGUACAAUUUGUAAGUUUUAUUAAUUUCAGGUGUUUUUUU